CCCCCUUUCAGCUCAGUCUAAAAUCGUUCGUCAUGGAGUUCACACGCUUGAUUUUGUUUUCUAUUAUUAUUUUCUCCAGUCUGACCAUUGGCCUUGGCUUUUUCAACUGGAGCCCCUUUGGUGACACUGACCUGGUGCAGGACAAUCAAGGCAAUGGAGGAGCUGGUGCCAGUGCUGUUGCUCCUGGUGAACCUCCAGGAAAAUGCGCCACCAUGGUACGACCCAAGCCCAAUUGCUUUGCCCAAAAGGCGGCCAAGAUUGCCAAGGAGGCCUCCGAUGCCCAGGUAGAAGCCGGCGCAGCGGCUGCCCAUAAGGUGCAGAAGAUGCUGGCCGACAAGGCUUGCAGCGCUGCCAAGGCAGCGGAGGCGGCCUUCGUGGGCAAGCAGCAGCUGGUGGAGCUCAUCGAGUCUGAGCUGCGCGAGGGUCGUCUGGUGGUGCAGAAGGAGAAGGCCCGUGUCCAGUCCACCAAGACCACGGCUGCCGACGCUCGCCAGGGAGUCAAGCAGGCAUCGGAGGAGGUCAAGGCGCUCACCGAACUGGUGAGGAAAGCCCAAGAGGGCGUGGCCCACUCGGAGCGCGUGGUUUCCGGGGCCCAGCAGACGGUGGCCGACCAGAGGCAGGCGGUGGCCGAGGCCAGGGAGCGUCUGGAACUGCUCCUUCGCCGGGUGGAGGCGGCCCGUGCCGACUACCAGAGCACCAAGAGGGCAGCAGAGAAUGCUGCCUGUGCCGCCCAGGAGGCCAGGCAGAGGGCAGCGCGGGAGCGCAGAAUGUCGGAGAUCUCUUCCCACAAGCCGACCUUCCAGCAGGCCUUCUACUUGGAGGAGUAGAGGAGCUCCACAUUGCUGCUCCACUUUGGUUUUUAUUUUUGGCAGAAAGUAAUGGGUGUUCCUUUUAAUUCUUCUGUAUUUGUUAAUUGCUUUCCCUUUCAAGUUUAUGUAUUUUCUUUGUUAAUGGUUCAGUUUAAAAAAAGACAACAAAAAUUAAACACAAACACAAGUAAUGUGCUUAUAUAAAUCAA